AACGUGUGAUAUUGAUCCGGUUACUUGGAAGGAGAAACGGCGGCGAGGCUCUCAAGACGUCAGACCUCCUCCAUGCCCCCUUUCGAAGUGUAUGUGGCCACCAAAUGGAAGCCGCCGAGAAGGCAAAUAGGACGGAAGAUGGGGUGGAAGGAUUCCUUUUGCGGAAACGGAUUGCCGUCGGCCCUGAUAGAUGGACAUUUGCUCUCGGAGGACGGCCGGGGUGGUGGCUGCUUGGUGGGCUUGGGAUGGACGGACGGAAGCCAAAUCAACAUCCAUCUCUUCCAAGCCAGACACAACGGCUCGCAAAGCCUACCAUAUCGCCUUCGUCUCCAUACCUAGUAGGCUAUCAUGUAGCCCCAUGCGGACUCGGCACCGAACGCUCACCGGAAUCUGCAAGGCAUAACUCCACACACACACACACACACACACACACACAUAUGCACGUUUCCCACUCAUCGGAGUGCUUGCUUAUGGUAUGGGCAUGGAGAAGGAAGGUAGUUGGAGAUAUCCAUAGGAGGCGGCGGGUUCUCAGUCCAACAUCGUUCCACCCUCUUGCCCGUGACUGUGGAGUGCAUGCACGUAAUGCGAGGCGCGUUACCGGUCGAGAUGGGCUGAGCAGGCUUGUGGCGUGGUAUUCGCCAUCUCUAUCUGUGCCGACUACUCCGUACCUCCAGACUAUUGAGCUUGACAUGGGAGGAGAUCGCUUGAUGUGUCCGUAGAUACGCCAGCUUUCUCUCGUGGGGGGCGGCUGCUUUACAGCCGCGUAGGAAGCCCAUGUUUCAUUGCUACCCUUGUACGGGAACUAGCGAUAGAGCAGGCGUGCCGUUGCAGGGACGACUAGACGGCAUUCGGGAGCUGGGGGGAUGAAAGCCGUGACUGCGAUUGCGAUGCUGAGUCUUGACUUGCACUGACCGGCUCUCUGCAUUACGCAUUACGGCCACAUGUUGGGUCUCUUUUUGGCUGCAGGCAAGGGUUUUGUGGCUUUCUCUCUCUU